AUGCCGACACGCGUCAUCGAUCUCGGCCUGCCUCAGCUAAACCAGCCGGCCAAGCUGAUCUUAACGGAUGGACUGCGGCAGUCCUAUCUGGCGCUAUCCUACUGUUGGGGAGAAGGCACGAAACACUGUACCGAGCUUCGUCGUGAGAAUAUCGCCACCCUGAUGGUAUCUAUAGACGAGAGAGAGUUGUCCAAGACCCACCGGGACGCUUUCCAGCUUGCUCGUAGCCUACACUACCGGUAUAUAUGGAUCGACGCGUUGUGUAUAGUGCAACAGGAGAUUGCAGACUGGGAGUUCGAAUCGAGAAGAAUGGCGGACGUAUACGGCAACGCGGCACUCACCAUUGUGGCUGGAAGGGCACGCGACAGCCGAGAUGGAUUUCUCGAGAAUCCGUGGACGCCGGCCUCGGGGCCAUGCGCCAUACCGUACAGCAAACGAACCCCAUCGGACUGCGGGGAGGGCACGCAAAACAGAGCCAUGGGAAACGUUCUGGUGAGCCUCCGUCGCUCGAGGGAGACUGGACCAACAGACAGCCGCGGCUGGUGCUUCCAAGAAGCUGUCCUGAGUACGUGUCUUAUUGUGUAUGGGAAGGAGCAGAUGUACUUUCAGUGCCAGAAGGGGAGAAUUUGGGAGGAUGGCGCCGAAGAAGAUGGUGAUCGGUUCAGCGUCCGGUCCAGCCUGCGGGCUUGGCCCAGCUCACUGGUGUCGACUUCAGCCGUCGACAGCAUCUCUGAUGAACAGACAAGCAACUCCGACACGGCGAAACCGGCAGGGAACUUGCGAGGUCAUGUGCUGAACCAGUGGUAUCAAAAUGUCGUCAGCCCCUUCUCUCGGAGACAGUUGACGAUGCCCCACGAUUGUUUCGCCGCUAUCGCUAGUCUUGCGAAGUUAGUGCAGAUUCAAGUCCACUCUCGUUACCUUGCGGGCUUGUGGGAGGAUAAUAUUGUCAGUGGUCUAUUGGGCCUACUGCUAGCCCAGAUUGCCGAGAACAAGUUCCGCCGUCUUGGUCAUUUUGUUGUGGCAUGCGAAUGGUGGAUAUUGGAAGGUGAGGAGCAGGAGCUCACGCUGGUAUAA